GGGCUCUGUAGGGGAGGUGCCGAGAGAGCGCCUGUGGUGAGUAGAAAGGAAACGCGUCGUCCGUGGCAUAUCAGACCGGCUCUGCUGGGGCCAGAACAGCAGCGGCCGCGGGGGAAUGGGCGGUCCGAAGAGCUAGCGCCGCACAAGGACCAGUCGCGGCCGGGGCCGAGCGGAGCCGCCGCGCCCGGAGAUGAACGAGGACGCCAUCUGCAGCGCGCUGCCCACCAUCCCCUACCACAAACUCGCCGAUCUGCGCUACCUCAGCCGCGGCGCCUCGGGCACCGUGUCGUCCGCACGCCACGCAGACUGGCGCGUGCAGGUGGCAGUGAAGCACCUGCACAUCCACACCCCGCUGCUCGACAGUGAAAGAAAUGACAUCUUACGAGAAGCUGAAAUAUUACAUAAAGCUAGAUUUAGCUACAUUCUUCCAAUUUUGGGAAUUUGCAAUGAGCCUGAAUUUUUGGGCAUAGUCACUGAAUACAUGCCAAAUGGAUCAUUAAAUGAACUUCUGCAUAGGAAAACUGAAUAUCCUGAUAUUGCCUGGCCACUGAGAUUCCGUAUCCUACAUGAGAUUGCACUUGGAGUAAAUUACCUGCAUAAUAUGAAUCCUCCCCUACUUCAUCACGACUUAAAAACUCAGAAUAUCUUGUUGGAUAAUGAGUUUCAUGUUAAGAUUGCAGAUUUUGGUUUAUCAAAAUGGCGCAUGAUGUCACUCUCGCAGUCACGAAGUAGUAGAUCUGCACCUGAAGGAGGGACAAUCAUCUAUAUGCCACCUGAGAAUUAUGAACCUGGGCAGAAAUCAAGGGCCAGUGUGAAGCAUGACAUAUAUAGCUAUGCAGUUAUCAUGUGGGAAGUAUUAUCCAGAAAACAGCCAUUUGAAGAGGUCACCAAUCCUUUGCAGAUCAUGUAUAGUGUGUCACAGGGACAUCGACCUGACACUAACGAGGAAAAUUUGCCAUUUGAUAUACCUCAUCGGACACUCAUGAUCUCUCUAAUAGAAAGUGGAUGGGCACAAAACCCAGAUGAGAGACCAUCUUUCUUAAAAUGCUUAAUAGAACUUGAACCAGUUCUGAGAACAUUUGAAGAAAUAACUUUUCUUGAAGCUGUUAUUCAACUAAAAAAAACAAAGUUACAGAGCAUGUCAAGAACUACUCUUUCAUGUGGUAAGAAGAAAAUGGAUUUAUCUUUGAACAUACCUGUAAAUCAUGGUCCACAGGAGGAAUCGUGUGGCUCCUCUCUGCUCUAUAGAAGCAGUGGUUCUUCUGAGACAUCGAGGUCCCUGUCAGCUCCUCCAGAGAAAGAUUUUUUGUCUGGAGGGCCUCAAGACUGCUCUUCCGUGAAGCUGCAUCACUGUCCUGUAAAUCACAGUUGGGAUGGUACCAUUUCUGCAUCACAAAGAGCGACAUUCUGCAAUCACAGACCUACCCUGUGCUCUUCAGCUGUAAUAAAUCCACUCUUGACUGAGAGAAAUUCAGAGCGCCUACAGCCUGGAAUAGCCCAACAGUGGAUCCAAAGCAAGAGGGAAGACAUCGUGAGCCAAAUGACUGAAGCCUGCCUUAACCAAUCACUAGAUGCCCUUCUGUCCCGGGACUUGAUCAUGAAGGAGGACUAUGAACUUAUUAGUACCAAACCUACAAGGACCUCAAAAGUCAGGCAGUUACUGGACACCAGUGACAUCCAAGGAGAAGAAUUUGCCAAAGUUAUAGUGCAGAAGUUGAAAGAUAACAAACAAAUGGGACUUCAACCUUACCCGGAAGGUCUUAUGGUUUCUAGAGCACUAUCUUCAAAUUUCCUUCAAAAUAAAAGCUUAUGAGUGAGUUUUUUUCAAGAAGAAAGUCAGUUUAUAAAUGGUUAUUUAUAUGUCUGUUACCUUGAUAAUGUUUUUAUAAAAUACAUAUGAGUAUUAGAAGCUGUGCUGAAGGUUUGGGGAGGGGGAUAACUAUUAGUCUCUUUCCAUGACAUUGCAGUAUUUUUUUAACUAAUAUAAGUAAAAAGUUUUCAUUUUG